GUAGACCUUGAAUGAUCAUGGAGCGCUUUCCGUUUUUGCGUUACGUGUAAUGUGAAUAUUUGGCAAUUCAACUACGUUCACUUCUACUUCAUGGAUUACGAAAGUGUGCUUUUGGUUAAAAAUGAAGUGUUCGUGUAUCGAAUUCCCCCCAGACCAUCUAAUCGAGGAUAUAGAGCUAAUGAUUGGAACUUAGAAGCACCUAUGUGGACUGUAAGACUUCGCGUUGUUUCCAAGGGAAAAGAUCUAGUCAUACUAUUGGAGGACAAAAACUCUGGACAGUUAUUUGCUAAAUGCCCUGUAGACUCCUUUCCUGGAAUAUCAGUUGAACCAGUUCUCGACUCAAGUCGGUAUUUUGUUAUUCGACUUGUAAGUAAUGAUGGACGGACCACGUUUACUGGAAUUGGUUUCACAGAACGAUCAGAUUCUUUUGACUUAAAUGUAGCAAUUCAGGACCACUUUAAGUGGUUGAAACAAGAAAAAGAAGCUGAGGAAAUGGAGAAAAUAGCAGCCGAUCAACCAGCUAUAAAUAUGGCGUUCAAACAAGGCGAAAAGAUUAAAUUGAAUCUUAACACACGACGUACAGGAGAUGAGCCUAAUCAGAAGUCAAAAGUUUCACGUCCAAUCGGUGGUGGUGGAUUAUCCGGCGGUGGUGGUAGUGGUCUGCUGCCUCCUCCACCGCCACCAGCUAUUUCUCGUUCUCGUGGAAGUCGUACUACUACUACUACUACUACGACGACGACCACUGGGGAGACUGUAAACUUUCCAACAUCUUUUGAUUUAGUCGGCGGUGAUUCACAGCAAUCGGACAAUGUACUUUCUAUGCCUACGUCUAAUAAUCCUACUUCUACUAAUACUAACACUACCACCAGUACUAAUGCUACUGCUACGGCUACCUCAAAUAUGGAUCUUUUAAAUGAUAUUUUUGGGAAUCCUGGACAGUUUUAGACAAAUAUCGAUUAUCCUGCUAUGUUAAUCUAUUAUUAUUAUUCCUUUUCACUUCGUAUCCAUUCCUUUUCAUGCUCUGAUAUCAAAAAAAAAAAUAAUGUCUGUCUGUUUUUUUUCCACAGUCAUUUAAUUAUAUAUAUAUAUAUAUAUAUAUAUAUAUAUAUAUAUAUAUAUAUAUAUAUGUAUAUAUAUAAAGUUGAGGUCUUUCAGUGAAUUCUUUUAAAUCUUCACUUUUUUCUUUGUUAUAUUUAAACAUAUACAUAUUUAUGUAUUACUGAUACGUGAAAAACAUGUAAUAUAACUAACUGUCUGAGUUGAGUACACGCACGCACACACACACACACACUAGCAGCAUUAUUUACAAGUAUGUUAAACUCGUUUUUGUUUGGUUCUAAUCGUUGUUUGGAUACUUACUAACCUGAUAAGUUAUAUUAUUGUGUUGUAUUGUAUUGUGGGACUUAUUCAAGAGAAAGUGAAGACUGUUAUGCUUCCUUCCUUCCUUCAUUCAUUCUUCAUGAUGAUGAUGGUGAUGAGUGUUAUAUUUCAGGAAAGUACAUUCUUCGCAUUUCACCUUGUAGUUAGUGUAUCUGGCUAUAUACAACUACUACAACUACGGCUAUUACUUGCAUAUUUGAGGAAUAUGUUUUAGACUUCAGUUUCCUUCGAUGAUAAGAUUUCGUAGAUUUUGUUUAGCAUAUAUAUAUUAUAUAUGUUUAUUGACAGUAUUAUCAACUUUUCUUUUUAUUUGGAAAAACAGAUAUGUUAAUGCUAGUCGAAUUUACUUAGAAUAAAGUAAACCAUAUUUACUGUUAUAC